CUUAACGACAGUUAGUGUAUAUACACACAUGUUCGUAAUGGGGGACAAAUCUGAUGACGAUUUGGAUGAAAUUGACUUGUCGGAAAAGAUAAAGCAGUUAGAGCGAGAGAAAGAACGUCUGGAGAGGAGGAACAUGAAGAAGAAGUACGCGGAGUUAAGUAGGUCAGUGGGUCAGCUGCGGAGAAGUACGGAGUACGAACCUCAUUCCUCAAGUGUCAGUCCAUCCCGGGACAAAAAUCACCCAAACAGAGCAGUCAAGGACUCCCAGGACAAUGACUUUGGCAGCCUUCUCUCCGAGCAGAGAGACAAGCUCCGCAUGCUUCAGAGGCGGUCAGGGGAGUGCGGGGAGAAUCCACUCCGGGGCAGAGAUCACGACCAAUCAGAUUCAGACUCGGAGGAAAGAAGGAGCUUAGACACAGUGAUGUCAAAAGAACACAAACAGAAACUACAGCUUCACCGGGACACACUGGUGGAGAACAUGACCCCGGAGGACAUCUUCAAUGACCUCAUAGCCAGCCAGGUCAUCUCCACGGCAGAUGUCGGCAGAAUUAAAGAGAAAGUGACUAGAGAAGCAAUGAAUGAAGAACUUCUAAAUAACCUGAUUCGCCGGUCAGAUAGAGCUUUCUACGAAUUAGUCAAAUCACUUAGGAAAACCUUACAGGGUCAUCUGGCUGAUUUACUGGAUGAGUCCACUACACGUCAAAGACGUACACCAAAACGAAAACGACAAACAGGGGAGAUAAAUAUUGCAGUAGAUGUUGAGGAUGUAUCCCCUGCCCCCGGAAGGAAGAAGCCUACCUGUUCCUGUGGAGAGGUGGAAGAGCAGAUCCUUAUAAUGGCAAAAACAGCCUACAAGGCCAUCCGCAGGAGGGACAAUACUCCGGCCUCCUUCGAACAGUUCAAAAAAGAACUCUCUCAAACCAACGAGAUUGUUAAAGAAAGCAUGGAAAUCAUGCAUACAUUGAAGAUUUUAUGUAAACAUGGGGACUUGGAUAUUUCGUAUGGAAGUGUAAUUUUCAGCAUCCGGUGCCACUCUUUGAUGUGUGUUCAAGAGAUUUGGAGGAUGUAUAAAUCUGGGUCAUUGCAGAGUUUGAUGCAAAGAACUUUUGUGACUGGGAGUUUACUAAGGCUUUGUAAUGUUAACUUUGUGAGGCUAAGAGUUCAGAUUUGUGAAAAGGAGUAUAAAAAAUGUCUCAGGGAAAUAGGUGGCAGGGAAUCUAAAACUUUGAAAUCAUGUCGAGUUUUAAGGAGCGCCAGUCAAGUGUCUGAAAAUGUUGUACCUCAGGCAAAGAACAGAUCUCCAUUCUUUGAUUCCAACAGCAGAAAAAGAAAGGCUUUCAUGGAAAUGUAAGUUGUCAUGGCUAUUUAAUA